UAUCCAUAAAAAAUGAAGGCUUCAAUGUCUCUGAGACUCUUUGUAUUUUCAGUUCUUUUGGUCUUAGUACCGCUAGCAACUUCUGAUACAUCUCUUGACAGGUUUCUAAAAUGCCUUCCUAGCCACAGUGAUUCCUCUUACCCUGUUUCUAGAGCCAUUUACAGGAUUACUAAUUCCUCUUUCGAACCUACUUUGCGAGCAUAUGCAAAAGCCAGCAGAUUUCUAACCUCAACAACCCCAAAACCGCUUGCAAUCAUAGCUGCCACGCAUGAAUCCCAUGUCCAAGCAACUGUUAUUUGUGCGAAGUCUAAUGGCUUGCAAAUCCGAAUCCGUAGUGGUGGACACGACUAUGAAGGCCUUUCAUACGUAUCUAAUGUUCCGUUUGUCAUUCUUGAUACGUUUAACCUCCGUUCUAUCGACAUAGAUGUUGCGGGGAAGACAGCUUGGAUUCAAUCCGGGGCAACUACCGGUGAACUUUACUAUAAUAUUGCCAAUAAGAGCAAUGUGCUUGCCUUUCCGGCUGGUGUUUGCUUGACUCUUGGUGCUGGAGGACACUUCAGUGGUGGGGGUUAUGGGCCUUUGAUGAGAAAACAUGGUCUUUCGAUUGAUAAUAUCUUCGACGCGAAAAUAGUUGAUGUCAAUGGCAAGAUCCUUGAUAGAAAGUCCAUGGGAGAAGAUUUGUUUUGGGCAAUCAGGGGAGGUGGUGGUGCAAGCUUUGGUGUCAUCCUUUCUUGGAAGAUCAGUUUGGUUGAUGUUCCCCCCAAAGUGACAACAUUUACUGUCUCUAAGACGUUGGAGCAAGGUGCAACGGAUGUUGUUUACCGGUGGCAAGAAGUUGCUAGUAAACUGGACAAAGAACUUUUCAUAAGAGUCAUGCCACGGGUAGUCGAUGGAAGCUCCGGGAGUAACAAGACUGUCAGGGUUUCCUUCAUUGGCCUCUUUCUAGGACCGAGCUGCAAACUUCUUCCCUUGAUGAAAAAUAGCUUCCCUGAAUUGGGUUUGCAACAGAAAGAUUGCAAUGAAAUGAGCUGGGUAGAAUCCACACUUUACUGGUUCGGUCUUCCAAAUGGAACAUCCAUUGAAACUCUACUCGAUAGGCCUACCCGAGCAAGCUUUUUCAAAAGGAAAUCUGAUUAUGUACAAAAAGCCAUCCCAAAGAAAGGCUUGGAAAAAAUAUGGAAGACGAUGAUCAAGGUAGAGCGAGUAUGGAUGCAAUGGAAUCCUUACGGAGGAAGAAUGGAUGAGAUUCCAGCUACAGCAACUGCAUUUCCUCACAGAGCUGGAAACUUGUUCAAGAUUCAGUACUCCGUAGACUGGAGUGAUCAAGAAGGAAUUGAGGCUGCCAACCAUUACAUAGAUUUGAUAACACAACUGUAUGAUACAAUGACACCAUAUGUGAGUAGCAAUCCAAGGGAGGCAUUUCUCAACUAUAGAGAUGUUGAUAUUGGUAGCAACCCUAGCAACCAGACCAGCUUUGAGAAAGCUAAAGUCUAUGGCAACAAGCUUUUCAAGAACAACUUUAUAAGAUUGGUGAAAGUCAAGUCAAGGGUAGAUCCUGAUGAUUUCUUCAAGUAUGAACAAAGUAUUCCAGCUAGUUUGAAAUGAGUAAUUAAGCAAAAAAAAAUUGUUUAGUUCAAGAAUAAAUUAUUAUCUCCGUAAACUGAGAAUGGCUUUGAUCAUAUUCACCUUAACAUGUAAUAAAUCAUA